AUGUACCACUUGGUAAAGUCGCUCUAUCUGCAUGCGACAAGCAAAGAAGAGUAUUCCAUUCUCCUUCUUGGACUCGACAACGCUGGAAAGACAACCUUGCUCGAACAGAUCAAAGCCCUCUUCAGCCCGCACCUUCACCCGAAGCUCAAUACCGUCCCCACCGUUGGCCAAAAUGUCUCUACAGUUGACUUGCCCGACAUCUACCUCAAGAUUUGGGAUGUCGGCGGUCAGCACUCACUAAGAGGACUAUGGCAGUCAUACUACAGCAGCUGCCACGCCAUUGUCUUUGUCAUUGACAGCACGGAUGUUGGCGAUGGUGAUAUUGAGCACCUCAGCAAGGGCCAAGAUGCCGGCGAAGAGCAGGGAAGACUAGACGAGUGCAGGCUCGUGCUGGAGAGCAUCUUACAAAAUGGAGAGACUGAAGGUGUUCCCCUUCUUGUCCUGGCCAACAAGCAGGAUCGCGAAGACUGUGUCGAGGUUGUCCGCAUUAAAGAAGGCUUGGUACGCAAGAUUAUCGAAGGUGAAAAAGGAGGAAGUGUCAGAGACAGCAGAGUCCUUCCCCUGAGUGCUCUAACUGGCACAGGCGUCAAGGAAGCCGUCGACUGGCUCUGCAGCAGAGUCAAAUGGAACAAAGAGGCGAGGCCACCAGCUCUACGUUGA